AUGACCAACCGCACAUUGGUGAUGGAAUUCUCCCUUAUGGAAUUCUCCAACACCAGGGAGCUUCGAGUUCUGCACACAUUUCUAUUUUUGCUGAUUUACUUGGAGACAUUGGUGGGAAAUCUUCUCAUCAUCACUGUGGUCACCCUGAAUCAGGCUCUUCACACGCCCAUGUACUUCUUCCUCAAGAACUUGUCUUUCCUCGAUGCUUGCUUCAUUUCAACCACAGUUCCAAAUUUUAUUCUGAACUCUUUAUCCCACAGGAGCAUAAUUUCCUUGCCAGGAUGUGUGCUACAGGUAUUGCUGAUGAUUCACUUUGCUGGAUCUGAACUGUUCAUCCUCACAGCCAUGUCCUAUGACCGCUAUGUGGCCAUCUGCCACCCUCUGCGCUAUGAGGUCAUUAUGAACUGGGCAGUCUGUGUGCAGAUGGCAGCAGCCUCCUGGCUCAUGGGAGGUAUCUUUGGAGCCCUUUAUACUGCUGAGACAUUCUCUCUGUCUUUCUGUGGAUCCAGGCAUCUCCCACAUUUUUUCUGUCAUGUUCCCUCCUUGUUGAAGAUUUCUUGUUCUCAGACACACAUUAUCAUUAAUGUUAGCUUAGUACUUGGACUCCUAUUUGGAAUUUUCUGCUUAUCUUGCAUUGGUUUUUCAUACAUCUGCAUUUUCAAUACAGUACUGAGAAUGCCUGUAUCACAAGGAUGGUCCAAAGCCUUCUCCACCUGCUUGCCCCAUCUCAUAGUUGUGAGCACAUUUUUUCUGACAGGUGCUACUGCCUAUUUGAAACCUGUCCCUGACUACCCACAUAUUCUUGAUUUUGUGGCAUCUGUCUUCUAUUGUGUGGUACCUCCAUCAUUGAACCCCAUAAUAUACAGCUUAAGGAAUAAGGAAAUAAAAGAAGCUUUGUGUAAGAUAUUAUGGAGAGUAUACCAGUAUAGGAGCCAUGUAAAAAAAUCCAAUUCUAUUCUCAGGUAG